GGGACUGGACUCAGCAAGGUCAAGGGUCAGUGCGGAGGCUCAGCUGGCGAUGGUGAAGCAGACGAUCCAGAUAUUUGCUAGGGUGAAGCCCCCGAUGCGGAAGCAGCAGCAGGGAAUUUAUUCCAUAGAUGAAGAUGAAAAAUUAACAUCUAGCUUGGAAAUUAUCCUACCCCGAGAUCUGGCAGAUGGAUUCGUGAACAAUAAGCGAGAGAGCUACAAGUUUAAAUUUCAAAGGAUUUUUGACCAAGAUGCUAAGCAAGAUAUCAUUUUCGAGAUCAUUGCCAAACCAGUUGCUGAGAGUGUCUUGGCAGGUUACAAUGGCACCAUCUUUGCAUAUGGGCAGACAGGCAGUGGCAAGACUUUCACCAUCACAGGUGGGGCUGAGCGCUACAGCGACAGAGGCAUCAUUCCGAGGACCCUGUCCUAUGUUUUUGAGCAGCUACAAAAGGACAGCAGCAAGAUCUACACAACACAUAUUUCUUACUUGGAAAUCUACAAUGAAUGUGGCUUUGACCUGCUAGAUCCAAGACAUGAAGCCUCCAAACUGGAAGAUCUGCCGAAAGUGACAAUAUUUGAGGACCCUGAUCAGAACAUCCACCUGAAAAACCUGUCUCUUCAUCAGGCAACAAACGAGGAGGAAGCUUUGAACCUGCUCUUCCUGGGGGACACCAACAGGAUGAUUGCUGAGACUCCAAUGAAUCAAGCUUCAACCCGAUCACACUGCAUUUUUACUGUUCACUUGACCAGCAAAGAGCCAGGAUCUGCCACCGUCCGGCAUGCUAAGCUCCAUCUGGUUGACCUGGCGGGGUCAGAGCGUGUUGCGAAGACUGGAGUCGGAGGCCUGCUUCUGACAGAGGCCAAGUACAUCAACUUGUCACUGCAUUACCUGGAGCAGGUCAUCAUCGCCCUUUCGGAGAAACACCGCACCCACAUCCCGUACAGGAAUUCCAUGAUGACCAGCGUGCUCCGAGACAGCCUGGGAGGGAACUGCAUGACCACCAUGAUCGCAACGCUGUCUCUAGAGAAGAGGAACAUCGAUGAGUCUAUCUCCACUUGCAGAUUUGCUCAGCGAGUGGCCCUUAUCAAAAACGAAGCCAUCCUCAAUGAAGAAAUCGAUCCCAGACUGAUGAUUAUCCGCUUGCAAAAGGAGAUUGCAGACCUAAAGACGGAGCUGGCCAUGACCACUGGGGAGCUGAGAACAGAGGAACUCACGGAAGCAGAGCUCCUUCAGCUGGAGAAACUAAUAGCAUCCUUUUUGGAAGAUCAAGAUCCCGAGAGUAGACUGGAAGUCGGCGCCGACAUGCGUAAAAUCCAUCACUGUUUUCAUCAUUUUAAGAAGCUGUUAAAUGACAAGAAGACCCUAAAGAAUGGUUCAGAGGAGACAUCUUCUGAAACCACACGCCAGGUGCGCCAAGAACCACUCAAGGAUGAAGAAUCCGCAAAGCUCCGAGACCUCCUUAAGCAGAGAGACAAUGAAAUCAAUAUCCUGGUCAAUAUGUUAAAAAAGGAAAAGAAGAAAACUCAGGAUGCCUUCUACUCAUCAAGCCUCGAGAAAAGUGAAGCCAGGCCACCUCAGAACUCUCCCUUCGUUCCUGGGAGCUCAGCAGGUGAAAGGGCCUCAUUCUCCUCAGCUGCGAGCCAGGCCCAGGACCUCAGCCUCUGCAGGCACAGACCCAGCUUGCUCCACAAAAAAACAGGGAUGAGAGAGGGGAUGUCACUGGGACGCCAGGAGGCUUUUGAGAUUUUCAAGAGGGACCACGCCGACAGUGUCACCAUCGAUGACAACAAACAGAUUCUGAAGCAGAGAUUUUCCGAAGCAAAGGCACUGGGAGAAAGUAUAAAUGGAACAAGAAGUAAAAUUGGUCAGCUGAAGGAAGCCCUCACCCAGCGGCACCUACAGAAAGUCGCCCUUGGACUCUCACGGAACGUGGUCACACCGGCCAUGCCUGACCCCCAGGAAGAGAAACUGCGAGCGCAGCUGGAGGAGGAGAAGAGCAGGUACAAAAUGACAUUCACGCGCCUGAAAGCCCUGAAGGUGGAGAUAGAGCACCUACAACUGCUCAUGGACAAAGCCAAGGUCAAGCUGCAGAAAGAGUUCGAAGCCUGGUGGGCAGAGGAGGCCACCAGCCUGGAGGUAAACCCCCCAGCCACGAACCCCCAAGGGAGUAUGAAGCCAUGUACCCAGGAAGACCAGACACAGCGUCUCUCCAAGAAAAGUUCUGGAGGCUGGGAAGCUGAAGAUGGCACUGCCAUGCUUGACGUCUGUGAUAAGAAUGCCAGAAGAAUUCUCCCCUCACCCUGCCCCAGUCAGCCCAGCCAAGAGUCCGGUGGCAGCAGGGCCCAGCAGCAAGACAGUAUCCCUGAAAGGCCAGUGUCAUCCAUACCUCUCACUGGUGACAGCCAGAUCGACUCCGACAUCCUGGCAUUCAUCAAGGCCAGACAGAGCGUUCUACAGAAGAAAUGCCUGGGAAACAACUGACAGCUGUUGGGAGUCCGAGCCUGUCCUGCAGACAGAAUGACCACCGUGAAGAUGAAGACCCUGCCCCUCACUUGUGACCUCGGAUCUGAUGUGAAGCCACCCCAGGGAACGGCUGGCAAAUUCGAGGCCAGAGGAGAGAGCUGUGCUUCUUAGAGGACGGUGUGAGGGCAAGCACCGGAAAGGGGGCGUGGGGCUGACAGGAGGUCCUGACAGAGCUGCUGACAGGGUGGGUACCGCCAAGAGGCUGGAGGCAAGACAGGUUGCUACUCACUGGCAUGUUUAUGAGAGCCCUGAAGACACCAGAACACCAUCAGAGUGCACAGGCGGGGGCCAUUCCAGGCAGUGCGGCAGGGAGGCAUGAAAAUUCAUUAUUUGUUUAUAGCUCUUCACUAGGCACCACCCAGUCCAGUCCUGGUGGGGCUUCAGAGCCCUAGAUAAGAAUGUAGGGCACCUUGAGGACCAGUGUCUCAGCCCAAACCAUCACCCACUCGCCCUGUCUCCGGGGAGCUACGUACCCUGCAGCCUGAGGACCUCACAGUACAGGAGAACAGUGGGACACUACCCAGAGCUCUGCAGCCAUCGGUACCUUAAGUCCUCACCUCACCAAGCUGGACGGGGCUCUAUAAAAUUAAGGCCUAAACUCCCCAUCCUCACAGGGGAAUGUAGCUGCCCCGUGGUCUUGCCUCAAUGACCCUCCUGGCGUUCCACAACCUGGCUUGGGGACUUGGACUAAGUGAACACGAAAGGGAGGGGAACACAGUCAGCAGAUGCCUAUGUUGGGUCCCAACACAGUUGGAAGGCAGAAACGGGCGCCCAGAAAUGAUGACAGCUGAAUAAA